CGGUAGGUGGCAGACGUCUGCAACUCUGAGCUCACCCAUCUCAUUACAAUAAGCGCGAGUGACUCUGUGAAGCCGAACUUUCAAUAUUUACUCCUGCCAAGGUCAUCCGGAAGGGAGUUGACACUUGUUGUUUGUGUGAUGAACGUAAUAGAUCAUCAUCAUAUCAUCAAGAAUUUGGAGCGAAGAAAUGACUUUGAAUAAAUACUUCAUCAAGCACUUAAGGAUUACUGCAGAUUCCAUUACAUCGCGUUAAUUAUUAGAGGAAAUUUGACCAGCCGACGCGAUGGGUUGCAAAAAUAGAAUUGUUUUUAUAAAAUUUCUGCUCUGCUUGUGCAUGUCUAUUGUGUGGGCUAGAUCGUGGGCGAAUCUCCAUGACACAACAACAUCUACUACACAAACGACACCAACCACUAGUCAAAUACCCAAAAACAUUCAUAACGAUCCCCUAGUUGUUGAGACUAAGAGUGGACUUGUCAAGGGCUACGCUAAGACGGUAAUGGGAAGUGAGGUACAUAUCUUUACUGGCAUCCCGUUUGCCAAGCCUCCUUUGGGCCCCCUGAGAUUCCGCAAACCAGUUCCCAUCGAACCUUGGCAUGGUGUUCUUGAAGCCACGGCUAUGCCAAACAGCUGCUAUCAAGAAAGGUACGAAUACUUUCCUGGAUUCGAAGGAGAAGAAAUGUGGAAUCCUAAUACGAAUAUUUCUGAAGACUGCUUAUAUUUAAACAUUUGGGUACCUCAGCAUUUAAGAGUGCGACACCACCAAGACAAACCACUCGCUGAGAGACCGAAAGUGCCAAUUCUAGUUUGGAUCUACGGUGGAGGGUACAUGAGUGGAACGGCUACACUUGACCUAUAUAAAGCUGAUAUAAUGGCCGCUUCUAGUGAUGUUAUUGUCGCGUCUAUGCAAUACAGAGUUGGAGCAUUCGGAUUUUUGUAUUUGAAUAAAUAUUUUUCGACUGGCAGUGAAGAAACUCCAGGUAAUAUGGGACUCUGGGAUCAACAGCUCGCAAUUCGCUGGAUAAAAGAUAACGCUCGAGCUUUUGGUGGAGAUCCGGAGUUGAUAACGUUAUUUGGAGAAUCUGCUGGCGGUGGUAGUGUAAGUUUGCACAUGCUGUCCCCUGAAAUGAAAGGUUUAUUUAAAAGGGGAAUACUCCAAUCUGGAACUUUGAAUGCACCUUGGAGCUGGAUGACCGGUGAACGAGCGCAGGAAAUUGGAAAACUCUUGGUGGAUGACUGCAACUGUAAUAGCAGUCUGUUGGCCGCAGAUCCAAGUCUUGUGAUGGACUGCAUGCGGGGAGUAGAUGCUAAGACUAUAUCUGUGCAACAAUGGAACUCUUACACUGGUAUAUUAGGAUUUCCGUCCGCUCCAACUGUAGAUGGUGUGUUUCUUCCAAAAGACCCGGACACAAUGAUGAAAGAAGGUGGCUUUCAUAACAAAGAGGUACUUCUUGGAAGCAACCAGGAUGAAGGAACCUAUUUCUUGCUGUACGAUUUCUUGGAUUACUUCGAAAAGGACGGACCAAGUUUCUUGCAGCGAGAGAAGUUUCUAGAAAUUAUCGAUACGAUUUUCAAAGAGUUCUCCAAAAUCAAGAGGGAAGCAAUAGUUUUUCAGUACACGGACUGGGAAGAAAUCACAGAUGGCUAUUUGAACCAGAAGAUGAUAGCUGAUGUGGUCGGUGACUAUUUCUUUGUCUGUCCCACAAAUUACUUCGCCGAAGUACUGGCUGAUGCUGAGGUUGACGUCUACUAUUACUACUUUACACACCGUACUAGUACCAGUCUCUGGGGAGAGUGGAUGGGCGUAAUGCACGGUGAUGAGAUGGAAUAUGUGUUUGGACAUCCACUCAAUAUGUCUCUGCAGUACCACACAAGGGAACGCGACCUAGCAGCGCAUAUUAUGCAGUCAUUCACUAGAUUCGCUCUCACAGGGAAACCUCACAAACCGGAUGAGAAGUGGCCCCUGUACUCGCGGUCGUCGCCCCAUUACUACACGUACACCGCUGACGGGACAAGUGGACCUGCGGGGCCCCGAGGUCCUCGGGCUUCAGCCUGCGCCUUUUGGAACGAUUUCCUUCAUAAGCUUGAUGCUUUGGAACACGUUCCGUGCGACGGUGCGGUGACCGGACCCUACAGCAGUGUUGCUGGAACAACUCUACCCAUAGUUCUACUUACUACUUUAGCAACCACAGCGGCUAUUUAAGUCUGCACUUAACAAUGGCGUUAUAGAGAAAUAUAUUUUUUUUAAUGUUCCCCUUUCACUGGCCUUUACAAAGGUCUCGCCGAUGUCCUAAUUCAGUAUUAUCUAUAUAUUAGUUUUAAUAUCACAAUGCGAUGAAAUUUGCUGUUAACACGAUAAUAUUUCUUAAGUAGAUUUAUUUAAAUGUACUACGUGUGAUAAGUAAGACGUAGAUAAUGCUUUUAGUUAUUUAUUUAUUGAUAUUAAUAUCAGUAUAUAUUUGUGUGGUUUGGAUGUCUGUGUUAAUCUCAGGUAGAGAUAAAUGUCAUUCAAUAUUAGUGGUAUGUUUAAAGCUUUAACUGUUAAAAUUAACGAAAAAAAAAUAACUGCUUAAAAUUAACUGCUUUUUAAUAAUAACUGAAUAUUAUAUCAAAACAUAUCAAAGUGUGCCUCGGCUUAUAUAGGAAACGAUACAUAUCAACACUUAGAUAAAUUUUAGAAGAUUGUAUUUAGUAUUUCUAAAAUCGUGGACGAGAGAUUUUUAUCGAAAUAUAUAUAAUAUAUUAAUAAAGAUAAUAUUUAUUCAAAAACUAAUGAAUUCGUAGCUCUUAUGACUGGUAUGAGAAGACGUGGUUAUUUUGUAAAUAUUUCACAUUUUCGAUCGUUAUAUAGGUCGACCAAUCAACUUAUACUUAACGCCUUUCUAGCAAAUAUUAGACUCUAUUUACAUACGAAUUAGAACAAUAUUACAACAAUGAUUUUAAUCAAAAUAUAUCCUUCGUAGAAACGACUCUAUAACAAGCUAUUUGUAUGUAUGUACCUAAUGUGUAGAAAUAAUGCUUUAAGUGGAAAUUGUCUUAUGAAUUUAAAAUGUUUGAACAUGAUAUUGAAAGUAAAGUAUUUAGCUGUAGUAUAUAUUUAUACCUAUUUAUGUGUCAAUUAAAUCUAUUCUUGUGAGUGUGUGAAAAGUUGUGGGAACAUAUUAUGCAAACCUAGAAAACUAUUUAAUUAAUUAUACACACAUAGUGACUUGAUUCUUACAGAGAAUGUUAGGAAAGUUAAGCUAGUAGAAAUAAUAUUGUUUAAAGGAGUUUAUUGCAAGGGAAACAUAUCAAACUAUAUUUGCGUUAAAGUAAAGGAUGCGCUAUCUAGUGUUUUAAAUUUGAAUCGACUAUAAAAAAAAACUGCGUAAUUUUGUCAAAAUUCUAUUGUUUUAUUAGAAAGGAACACAAUAUUAUCAAUAACAUAAAAAUAGUUACAACUCUGUCUGUAUGACUAAGGUUUAAUUUUUUGUUGGCUAAUCUUUAAAAAAAGAUGUUUUCUGAGUUCUGCUAUUAUGGGAUUAAAUAGUUAUGAAGCACUUUUUAAAUAAACAAAAACGUGAUUUAGGAAAAAUUUAAUUAAAGAAAGGUAAAAUUAUAGAAAGGUAUGAAAGAAGUGACUAUGUUGAAACUGAAGUGGAAUCUAAAGUCCAAGAACUGCAAAGAAAACUGAAUUAAAAUAGAAAUAAAAACAAUUUCAUAAUUUCCUAAAUGUAAAAUUGCAAAAAAUGUGACAUCAGACACAUGACAUCUAUGAUGUUUUCCUCUACUUUCACUAGAUGGCGCUCUUUCGACGCCAUACAAAUCGCAGUUAAUUUUUACGCGAUCGAAUAGGUAAAAAAUCUCACACUUGGAACUCAGACUAGGAUAAAGGGGGUCUCACAAAUGUGACCAACUGUGACCAGGACGGGGGAGGGGUCACAAAAUCAUGAAAUUCGUAUUACAUUAUUUAUGGAUGGCCCUAAAAGGAUUAAAGUCACUAUUAUAUUUUUUCAUGUAGUAAGUAUUUAUGAAGCCAUUUAGCGUUUGUUUACGUUUGAAACCCUUGUGUCCGCAAAAGGGUGGAGUUGAUCACCUUGACACGAGACUAUCGUCCUAUCGUAAAAAAAUUAAAAAUAACCCACAAAAAGUUUAUAUACAGACUAGUUUGAUCGAAAAGUAUGGCCUUUGAGUUUCUUGUAUGUUCUUCCCACGAUCUCAACUUAUUCCGAACAUAAUAUGGUAAAUUCAGUUAUAUUUGUAGUGACAAUUCAAAAGUGCUUAGUUUAAGCCUAUUUGAAUAAAGUUUAUUUGAUUUUGACUAAACUAUAAACUCCUUUACACAGUAUAAAGCUUAAAUACAAUGUAAGUUUAGAACGCGAAAAUUAAAAAUAACUAGUGUUUCUAUUAGCUAUUUCAAUCGAACUGAAAUGCACUUAAUGCUUUUAUUUAAUUGAGCACAAAUUUGAAAAAUAAAUCUGGGAAAGCUUUAAAUAGUUUUAUAAAGAUAUCAUAAUGUAUAUUUUAAUGAUUAGAUAUCAUUAUUUCAAUGACAUAUCAUUAUUGUAGUUGUUGAAACACAAGCUAAGCUGUUAAUAACAUUAAUAUUUAAUAGGAUUACCGUUAUUUUUAAUAUCCCGUCUAAAGGACAAUGGCCAUUAUUGUAUAAUUGCAUUUACAUCCCUACUUCCCUACAAAUAUUAUAAAUGUGAAAGAAAGUUUGUUUGUUACGUUUUCAAGCCUUAACAACUGAACAGGUUUUGAUGAAAUUUGGUACAGAGAUAGACUACAGCAUUGAACUUGGCAUGAGGGAUGAAAGUCUGCAUUCUUCAUUUUCGGAGAUAAAACCAUGAAACUUUGUAUUUAGGCACUUGAUAAGAAGUAAUUUUUAAACAUUUGUUCGAUUUUCGAAUCUGACCUACAUGCACUUUAAAUCAAAAUUCCCUGUUCAAAUAUCGAGAAUCCAUAACGUUUAUUUUCGUUCAAAAUUUUUUAAAAUAUUUGCUAUACAAUUUUAGUCUUGAUACAUGAGACUUUAUGGUAUCACCAUACACCACCAGUUUUGGUCAUUGUCCUCUAUGCCCCUUUCUCUCUCUCUGUUUCUUAUUUAUUUAUUUAAUAUAGAAAAGGCUUAAUCAAAUCAGUGAAAUAAAAAAAAAACAUUAAAAAUUCCUUUCAUUAUUGCAUAUUAUUUAUUACACGAUUAAAAGAGGUUUUUGUUCUUAAUAUCAUAUUCGUAAUGAAAUAUAAAAUAGUAGUGGAAUAUAAUAAGUAAGAUACCUUAUAAUAACGCUGUUGUUAUCUUGUAGCUCUUCAAUAUUAUAUAUCUAUUUAUUUAGAACAAAUAUUAAACAAUAAAAUCACGCCGUAAUCGGAAUUAAAACAAACUAUCUUGAGAUGUAAUUUUAUUUGAUUUUAGGGUGAGUUGCACCAUCCCACGUUAUAGUUAGGUUAAUAUCGAAAAUUAACGUUAAAUAACCAUCUCACGAGCGUUAAAACAAAGUCAUUUUUCGACGUUAACAAUAACCGCUGGAUAUUGGGUGAUUAACGUAAUCACAGUAAUCAAUACUUGUCAACCAGUCAUUUAACGGCCGUUUUCAAUAACCUAUCUAUCCUUAGUUUAACUUUCUAGAGGUAGACAAAUCUUUUACGCUUACUUAUAUUUCAAUAACCUAUCGACAGAUAGCACUGGACUAUAACUAAUAAUAUAACUAUAUUGGACAUAACUAUGGAAAAAUAAGAUCUUGUCAUUAAACGGUGAUAGCAAUAUAUCUGUUACUAGAGCUACGUUAUUGAAAACAGACGUUAAUAAAGUAUUGUGAUAUCUGCAAAUAUUGCCCCAAGUAAUUUUAUGCAAAUUGCGCCUGAUUUCAUUGGCCACCCUAGUAGGGUUGCCAGUAAACUUUAAUUAACUAGAAUUUUGGUGCAACCCACCCUUACUUUGCAAGCUAACCAAUCUCAGGAUCUGUUAGUUAGUGGUAGAAUAUUAGUUGGUAAUUGCAAAAUUAGUAUGUACUAUAUGUCUGAAAUAUUAAGUGUAAGCUAUUUGUUCGGUUGUUACGUGGCCCAGAGACUUGACACAAAUGUCUUAAUUUCAAAAACCUGGCCUGAAAGCACUAACACGGUCAACUAACUAACGAAAUAAGCAUGCAGUGCUUUACGGCCAUUCCCAAUAUUCAGUCUCUCAUUUUUAUCUCUUACUUGAGAUAAAAAUCGUAACUGACCUUAUUCGCACACGCUGUCUGUUAAUGUAAAUUAGUUUCAAUUCACGCGUCCCAAUAUAAGGCGAUAAGAAUGACUUAUCGGGUAUAUUGAGACAACUUCAGAUUAUUGACAGCUAAUUACUGACAGUAGAAGGUACUAAUUUAUCUCUAUCUGUAGAUAGUAUAUUGAGAACGGCCGUUAAUGAAUUUUAAACUACGAUAGUGAUAACAAAAUAUUCUAUUCAAAUUCAGUGGCGUAGCGUGCCUUGGCGGGGCCCCGUAUAGAAAUUAGCUUAGGGGCCCUUAUGAAGGGUAAAGAUUUCUCACAAAGGAAAAAAAAAGUUUGCAUAAAAUUAAAAGAAAUAUUUAUUCAUCAUAAUUAUCUAAAGCUGAUGAUGACUUUAGUUUUUUUUUUUAUUUUUUUUUUUGACUUUUGUCAUUUCUGAAAUAAUAAAAAAUUUGGGAAGUUUUUAUUUAUUUUUUCCUACGCGCGUCGGAGGCCGCCGUGGUCCGGGGUAUAUAAAAAUACAUUUAUUUUCUCAAAAUUGAUUCCUCUAGAAUUUUUUUUGAUGUCAUUUCUAAUAUAUUAGAUACUACUACCGCUUCAGAAACAAAUGGCGCUCUGAGAGAGAAGAAGCGGCGCAAGAAAUUCCCAGCAAUUUUUUUUGCGCUCUUUUUAAUCAAAUAUACAAUAUUGUAUUGUCUAUUUGGUUAAAAAGAAAAUCUUUCAAUAGCAAUUAUUGCUAUAAAAUAAUCAUAAUCUAGUCCCAGGCUGUCGGAUCACUUAGAUAUUCAGCUGUGGAGUAGUACGAUUUACGACAGAGCCAUUUUUUUUAUAAAACAUUUAAAUUUAUUUACCCAUAGAUAAUGCCCGAACUGUGGGACUUUAUUAUCAAAGUGUAUACAUUUACCCUUAAAGCUAUUAUGUAUCUUGUGAAGCCUACUAGAAUUAUUUACAAUCAAUCCCUUAUUUCUAGUGUUAUAAUAAUGAAAAUCACUAUUAAGAGCGAAAAGGUGACGAUUUUUGUGAACGUAUAUUAAAUUUUCAUAAAUGUAUUGACAAUGACGUACCUACAUAUAAUUGAUAGGGCAGAUACGGCGGUAGCUACGCCCCUGUUCAAGUUGCUCACAAGUAAAGGAAAGAGAGUCACUUAUGGCUUAAAAUUGCAUGCUCUAUGGGUCACUUUGCCGUGCAUUAGUUUGUAGGUUUCGCUUAACAUAUUAGGUGCUAAUCAAUGUAUACAUUAUAUAUGUGCACUUAUUCUUUUUAUACUACGUUUUAAAAUGCAGAUGACAUUGACAAUAUCAGCUGUUCCAUUUACGAGUACUAUAUUAUAUAUACUUACUGUAAAGCUGAUAUUUCUUAGCAGCGUUAUCUUACGAAUAUUCUUUUAGGUGAGAAUUUAUCAAUAUAUAAACAAUGAUAUUAUAGUAUUAAAAGAGGUAGAUAUAUCACUAGCGCGCCGAAAAUCAAUCGCCUAAAUUGAGUCAAUUGGUUCCUUUGGUCGUAGUCGCUCCCUCGAUACGAAAACGGUACAUACGCGUUUGUUGUUGACAGAAUUGCUUACAAUUUGAUAUAGGUACAACAUUAAAAUGCCGUCUUGUGUUAUGGGAAGAUAGAAUUAUAUAAUUACACAUGAAAUCAUGAAUGAUAACAUUUUAUUUGAUUUCAUUAUUUAUGUAACAAAAUAAAUAUGUCGCCGUGACAACGCCGAUCGCCGCAAAGCCGAUCAUAGAUUAAAGUACAGAAAUGACAAAAUAUUGAUGCUGUCUGUUGCGGGAUGAUCGAAUAUUUAAGGAAAUUAUGUAAAAAAGUCGUUGCAGUGAAUUUAAUACGAAAUGUAAUAAUUUUUAAUAAACAAGUGCGUAUAUAGGUAGCUGAACUAUCAAACUACUAUCUACUUUUGAAUAUCAUUGUCUAUAAAUAGAUAAUUUUAGACAUUAUAAAUAUAUAGAACGUUAAUUUUAAUGAUUUGUAAUUCGUUUGUACAGUUGCACCAAGAUUUAUUUCAUAUUAGUGAAAAAUAUGUUUAUGUAUAAUAUUUUAGAUUGUUAUAGUUAAUAUAAUUUGCUUUAUUCGAGAAUAAAUUGAAGAACUAAUUUAAUUGAA